CGCAUGCGCAUCAAGUUGCGUUUUGAUUUCCGUUCAAAUAUUUUUAAAAACAUUUUUAGUUAUUGUUUGUCUUAUCUAGCCUUAUUUGGACGAAGUUUGCUCAAUAAUAAGAUGGACCAUCAACACAGUACAGAGGACAGAUUAAUGUGCACUUUAUGUAGAGUUCAGCAGCAAAGUAGCGAUGUCCUGAAACGAGCAAGGCACAGACAAAUCACAUGGCCAAAACCUAAACAGUAUACAACACAGAGUCCUAUACAGGAUCCAACUGUCUUCACAACCAUAGAUGAUGCAUUUUCUAGUGUCUUGCAGUAUAUGACAACAACCACAAGGCAAUGCAAGAGAUAUUACAAAAGUUCACCUGAAAGUAGCAAGUCUCCUGGUGACCAUACCCAUUGUAACAGAUUCCACACACCAGAAUAUACAGCACUUCAACAGAGAAACCCUUUACAAAAUAGCGAAGAUGUUAACGUCAUUGUCCAUCCUGGGACGUAUGCUGUCACAGCAGGAUCUUGGGGCACACCACGACAGCAGACACACGUUGUGAGGGUCGACCAAGGAGAAAGCGUCAACCUGGAUUUUAUGUUGUGAUCAUCCCUCUGUUUAGAGACUAUUCUACUAAUCUUUGAUACAGCUGUAGGCUACCAAUUAGCCCGACUGCCAGUGCUUACUAAUAAGACAAAGCUCUCCUAAGACUAUUGGCAAAGCUAAUAUAAGCUACCAAUCAAAGAUGGUAUGAAAAUAGGACUGUGAUAGAAUUUAUAUUUUAAUGACUACUUGUAAUAUAUUAUAUGUAAUAAAAUCAUGAUUUGAAAAUAAAAAAUGAUGUCAGAAAAUCUCUGUACAAUAUGUUUAUUUAAAAAAUACAUACAUAUCUCAAAUAAUGUGAAUAUAUCUGAGGUAGUUCAUACACGUCGCAUGAUUGUGCCACAUGGAAUAAAGAUGAGAGAUUAAAAACUAUUUGCAACUGAUGAACGAAUAAAAAUAUACUGUAUAGUAAUUUUAUGAGUCUUUAAUUUACCAGCAGGGCCAGAAUGGCCUUGUUGCAAAUAACACUAGACACCUGAUAUGAAUAAAUGCAUAAGAUAGUGAAUUCAGUAUUCUUAAAAUGUGGCUGGAUGUUGACAUAGGUAAGGUUGAUGAACAGAAUUUUUCAAUUAUGGAAGAUACAUGUAUGUAUAAUAUGGCAACUGAAAAUCAUGUAAUAUGUUAUUCAAGAAAAU